CUUCCGAUUCGCUUAGAAUGACGUGGAACAGUAAAAUGUAAAGAUAAAGCAAAUCGAGUGGAAUAUAUUUCUAAACUAUCCUACGUUCCAAAAUAUGCCGGACGUAAGUCAAAGACCGCAUGUGUCAUCAUUUUAAUUGCAGAGUUUAUGAUAGCAAACAUACCACACUUGAGUUGCUUGUUAACAUAGCGAAAGUUUAACUGUGUUACUAUUCCGAGCAGGACAAUGUGCUGGACCUCCGAGCUAUCACGGCAACCCACUGCUGGCUGUAUUCUAAAAUCAAUUAUCAUUUGCCUGUUAUUGCCUCCAGGCUUUUCGUUUCAUUAUCGGAGGUCGAAGUAUACUGUUUACCUACUAGAGGAAAAAGAAAUCUGGUUGAAUUUAAAGCAAAUAUGUGAAUCAUCAGGUGGUUAUCUUGCAAGCUUCACAACCGUCGAUGAAUUGAAAUCCGUACUCGAGUAUGUACGAAUGAACUACCCAGACGGUUUGUACGAGAUCGGAUUAUCACGCCAGGCGGGUUUGGAUCGUAACGUUGAUGCAAAUUGGAAGUGGGAAACAGGAGAGGGGUUUAAUUAUUCUAUUCCAUGGGGUAAUAGCCAGCCUGAUUUGAGCAAUUACGAUCAUUGUGCGGUUAGGAUCAGAGUGAGCACUGGGAAUAUGUAUGAUAUUCCAGUUACUGUUAUAAAUCCUAAUGAAAAAUCGAGAGGAUACAUUUGUGAAUAUGGAAUUACUAUCCAUUGUGAAAGGCAUAACGGUGGAUGCUUUGAUCUGUGUGUAGCUGCCCCUGAAUUGAGUAAUAAUUCCGUAAAUUAUUCCUGUUUCUGCCCCAUAAACUCCUUCCAGUUGCAAGAUUGGCUCACAUGUAGGCCUAAUGGAUCAGAAAGGAAUCUUCUGACACCGCCCUCUUCAACAAUCGGUCCACCAGAAGAAGAUCUGACCACACAAAUGAGGACCGAUGAUAUUAACAAUGCAUGUUCUAGGAGCACAAUUUUGACAAUUGGAGUGUUCUUUCUUGGCGUUAUUGCUGGGGUCUUCGGAGUAAUUAGUGCACAAAAAUGCUACUCGAGGAUUCAACAGAGGACACAAAUAGACAAGAGAGGUACAGAUAAAAGAAAGCAAGAUGUAAGCAUUUAUUCUAAUCUAUUUAAUCAGAUUUACCGUCCUAUCCGCUUCGUGCCACAUCUAUCAGGAUCCAGUCAAGUCGCCCCUU